AUGGCUUGGCUGCGCAGUCGGGGAGUCCGGCUAAUCGUCUACUUGGACAGCAUCCUCAUCAUGGCACAGGAUCAUUCAGUCCUUCGGAAACAUCUUCAAUGGAUGAUGGACCUCAACUCCCAUCUGGGUUUUCUCCUCAACUGGGAAACAUCCUGACUAUCUCCUUUCGCAACGCAUGGAGUUCCUAGGCUUCAUGGUAGAUUCCUAAGCGGAGUCACUGAGCCUCCCUACGUCCAAGAUACGGACAAUCCGCAAGGAACUGCGCGCGCUCUAAAGCAAACCCAGCUAUCUCUACACCACCUGGCACAUAUCUUGUUCCCAGCCCAACUCCACUACCGUGCCCUCCAGUGCCUGAAGAUUGCACACCUUCGCGGCGGGGCUUCCUAUGCGGACAUGAUCUCCCAGGACUCUGAGACUCUGGAUGAAUUGACCUGGUGGAUCCACAACCUCUUGGCUUGGAAUGGCAAGGCCAUCUUCGGCUCCCAACCAGAGCUCACGGUGGACUCAGAUGCCAGUCUCCACGGCUGGGGUGCCCUACCAGGGGGCGCUGGUCGACAGAAGAAUCCCACCUCCACAUCAAUGCUCUGGAACGCCUGUCGGGUUCAUUCGCGAUCCAGAGUUUUGCGAACAGGACUGCCAGCUCAUGCAUCCGCCUGCGCAUGGACAACAUCUCAGCGGUAUGCUAUGUCAACCACAUGGGUGGCACUCAAUCUGCAAUCCUGGCCUGCUUGGCGAAGGACUUCUGGGCUUAUUGCUUGGACAGGAACCUGGUGGUCUAGGCAGAAUACCUUCCCAGGCUCCACAACACUCACGUGGACUGGAGUUCACACUAUCUGUCGGACAACAGCGAUUGGAAAUUGGAUGUGGGAGUAUUCUCCGCUAUAUCGUCUAUAUGGGGUCCUUUUGCCAUCGACCUCUUCUCGUCUAGGCUCAAUACCCAAUUGCCCCGGUUCUACAGCUGGUGCCCGGAUCCAACCGCAAAGGCAGUGGACGCCUUCCUACAAGACUGGACCGGCUCACUCCUCUACGCCUUCCCCCCGUUUGCCAUGAUCCCUCGGGUCCUGCUCCAAGUUUGCCGCCAAAUGGCCGACCUGAUCCUACUAACCCCAUUCUGGGGGACCCAAUCCUGGUUCUCACAACUCCUGGAACUGGCAGUUGACGUGCCCAGACUGCUGCCGUCUCUACCAAACCUCCUCCUGGACCCAUCGUGCCUCCAGCAUCCCCUCCUAGCGGACGGGUCAUUACUGCUGCUAGCAUGGAGGAUUUCGGGAGUCCCUCGGAAAUCCAAGGGGUUUCAGACGCAACUCGAUGCCUCCUGGCUGGCGCAUGGGCUCCCAGGACUAGACGAGCAUAUGGGACCGCUUCAAGAGCUUGGACUGGCUAGUGUCUGGCUUGGAACUUGCAUCCCAUUUCAGCACCUGUGACUGUGAUCCUCCUAUUCCUGACUUCGUUAUUUGAAGCUGGUCGGGCAUAUCACACGAUGAAUUCGUACAGAUCGGCCAUCUCCUCGGCUCACCAAGGAUUUGACAGCUGCCCAGCAGGCCAACAUCCGUUAGUGUGCCGCUUACUUAGGGGCUCACGCCUGUCGCACCCCCCUAGACCUCGUUACUCAACUACAUGGGACGUUUCCUGCAUUUUGUCGCUGUUCUCCUCCUGGCCGCCUAAUGCAGAGCUCUCCCUGCGACAGCUGUCGGCCAAAUUGGUCUCCCUGUUCUGUCUCAUUUCAUGCAAACAGGUAUCGGAUGUUCGUGCCCUGGACUAUGAUGCUAGGUCUUUUACUCCGGACGGGUUGACGUUUAACAUCUCCAGACGCACCAAGACCGCUAUUUGAUCUGUUUCUUAUCCGAGCUUCCCUGGUACUCCGGCCCUAUGUCCGGUGGCCUGCUUGCGUGAAUAUGAACUUCGGACAAGCGCACAUCAUGCAACGUCGUCUCCCCAGCUCUUUCUCUCUCUUCGUUGCCCCUUUUCCCCUGUGUCCAGUACUACAUUGGCUGCCUGGGUGAAAUGGGUGAUGUCUCUGGCCGGCGUGGAUACGUCCAUGGUGAAUUCAGGUGCACGUCUGGAAGACCUGAUGAGGCUGGCAGACUGGUCCAACGAAUCCACUUUUCGUGAGUUUUACUUUCGACCUUUGCCUCACGUUUUUUUCUCCGGUUAUUGAUCAGCUUAAAACUUGCAGUAUGAGCCUCUGUGUCUUGACAUAAAAUUACAUGAUUUUGCUAUUUCAUGACGAAAAGUCAUGAUUUUAUGAAAGACACAGAGGCAAGUACCCUUCUAUGUUAUUUCACUAAUUUACCCCACCCGGUUGUUUAUUCUCUCCUAAAGGUUUUCCUGGGUUGGUAGGUAUUCAUUAUGCGCUCUGGGUUUUGUAUAGUUUUAGCCGUUUAUUAACCUGUUCUUGUUACAUGAUUAUCCGAUAUGCCUAUGUUGAAUUAUGCACACUGUGUUGCUUCUGUCUAGUUAUAAAAUGAUGUCUUGGCAUGCGCACUUUGGUUCAAGUACCGAUUUAACCGUUCGGCUCCUGUCUUUUGUGUUUUCACAGGUUGAUUCGAUGUUGAUCAAGGGUCUUCAUCACUUCUCUCUCAGCUUCACCAAGUGGCCAGGAAGUUUAUGGACAGUGCUGUGAUGGGCCCCUCAGUGUUGGAAACCUGUUCCUGAUCUGAGUCCGGCUGGAUUUCGGGUCGCCUGUUCUAUUUGGUUUGGACUGUUUCAUCGUUCCUGUUUUGUGGCUAUUGUGUCGCAUCUCCAAAGAAAGAGGAAAUGUGUGGGGAUGUGCUGACUAUUAUACUGGGACUUGGUAUGGGUGUGGCCUAUCACUAUGAUUACCAUUUUUCUUACUGUUGUAUUCUUUGCUGCUAUUGGUGGACAGUAAAGAAAGGGUUAAGCAAUACUCACCUCCGUGUCUUUCAUAAAAUCAUGACUUUUCGUCAUGAAAUAGCAAAAUCAUGUAAUUCUGUUGUAUAUAUGGAUUGCUCCUUUAGCCUCUAAGGAGUGAACUAGUGUUCACAGCAACAACAAUCAUGGUAGUAUGAUUACAUAUUAAACAGGAUGCAAAUACCAGGAAGGAUUUGGCAUCACAAAUCACAGCAGAUAAAACAUUUCUUAAUUAGUGCAGAGAACCCAACAUAUAAUACAACAUGUCAACCCUAAAUGUCCUUAAAAGGAUCACCACCCAAUAUUUUUUUUAAUUAUGGCGAUAAUACAAUAAAAUACUAAUAAAAAAUAUAUUUUUUAAAAAUGUAAAAAGUAAUCUCUUAAAGUGCCCCAUAGUGAACUGCUUACUGCGAUUGAUCUGUCUGUUGCUAAAGGCAGACCACUCCCAAUUCAAGGCUAAAACACUCCAAUCAGGACUAUCUCAUUCUGGACCAUGGGGACUGAUUUGAUUAUCAUCUGCUCAGCAUGGGUCAUGUGACAUGUAGGUAAUCCCCAGGGGCGGGCUGGGCCGGGGGGCAGGGAGGCAAUUGCCCCCCAGGCCGCCCUAAAUAAUUAAAAAAACGGCCGCUGCAGGGCCGGUCCCUGGCACCAGGAAUAGGGGGGUGCUGCGCGGAGCAGGGCCACCUAGGGCUGCCCGGUAGCAAGGCAGAGUAUGCAUCUGCUUGUCCCAGACAGCAGGUGCCUACUCUGCAGGAAUAUACCGGCCGCGUGAGGACGGAGGCAGGUGGCGAGGGAGCACUGCCUCUGCUGAUGAUCUUCCUGCUCCCUCGCGCGCCCUCUCUGGUGAUGCCGGGAGCCGGAAUAUGAUGUCAUUCUGGCCCCGCAUCACUAAACUGCGUGAGGGAGCAGAGAGGAGCAGGAAGUCACUGGACCCCAGGGAAGGACCCAGAGGACUCCUAAAGGUAGGAGCAACAAGGAAUUUGUGUGUGUGUGUGUGUGUGUGUGUGUGUGUCUGGAAGUGAGUGUGUGUGUGUGUGUGUGUGUCUGGCAGUGAGUGAGUGUGUGUGUGUGUGUGUGUGUGUGUGUGUGUGUGUGUGUCUGGAAGUGAGUGAGUGUGUGUGUGUGUGUGUGUCUGGAGUGAGUGUGUGUGUCUGUCUGGAAGUGAGUGAGUGAGUGUGUGUGUCUGGAAGUGAGUGAGUGUGUGUGUCUGGAAGUGAGUGUGUGUGUGUCUGGAAGUGAUGUGAGUGUGUGUCUGGAGUGAGUGUGUGUGUGUCUGGAAGUGUACGCGUGUGUGUCUGGAAGUGUGUGCAUGUGUGUCUGGAAGUGAGUGUGCGUGUGUGUAUGUGUCUGCCUGACAGUGAGUGUUUGUCUGUCAGGGUUUGUUGUGUGUGUGCUAUUGAGAGUGAGUGCCAGUGUGUCUGUCAGCAGAGUCAGCCUUUGAGGUGUGCAAGCUGUGGGGUCACGUAGGGUGCCAUGACAACAGAGGCACCCGGUGGCCAACACAGUUCACAAGUUUGGGACACCAGCACAUUAAAUGGACACUCCAGGCACCCAGACCACUUCUGCCCAUUGGAGUGGUCUGGGUGCCAACUCCCACUACCCUUAACCCUGCAACUGUAAAUAUUGCAGUUUUCAUAAACUGCAAUAAUUACAUUGCAGGGUUAACUCCUCCUCUAGUGGCUGUCUACUAGACAGCCACUAGAGGGCACUUCCUGGUUUAUAGCACAGGUUUUCUGUGCUAUAGCGUCGCUGGACGUCCUUACGCUAUGUGAGGACCUCCAGUGUCGCUAAAACCCCCAUAGGAAAGCAUUGAAAGCAUUUUCAAUGCUUUCCUAUUGAGAGAUCUAAUGCGCGUGUGCAGCAUGCGCAUUAGGUCUCCCCUGGCAGCCGCACAUGCGCAAUCGGUCUCCCCCGCCGGAUGACGUCAACGAGGGAGGAGCAUGGGCGGAGGUCUCAGGUAUGUCACUGAAGGGAUUCUAAUCCCUUUAGCAACAUGGGAUGGGGGGUGGGAGGGAGAGGGGGCCUGAUGUGCCAGGAAAAUAAUUUGUUUUCCUGGCACUGGAGUGUCCCUUUAAUUUAAAUGAUUCCCUAGUGGUCUACUGGUGCACACCAGCAGUAGGUGCCUUAGAUCAUAUCCUCUCCCUUGUGGUUAGUUAGUGAGUCAGAGCACAGGCUCAGAGAUUCUCAGCCUGCUCUCUAACAACAGUGAAAGUCGGAGCCACAAAGGAGUGGGGAUGGCAAAGAGCUACUGAUUAGCAUAACAUCAAUAUCUGUUAAAAAAAAAACAGGAAAAGGUGGACAUGGAUGAUGAGCUGUUUCGGGGUGCAAUGGGCCACUUGACUGGAUUUGCCCCCCAGGUCUGAGGCUGCCAGCCCUCCCCUGGUAAUCGCCUAAAACCAGUUCCAACCAUUACAUUAGAUGAUUGGAACUGCUCAUUAAACUAACAGCCAGCAGAGAUGAUUGAAAAAGGAAGAUGAGGAAGAGUGAGGAAAAUAAAAAGGAAGAUGGAAUAGGGAAAGGUAACAGAAAAUAAAUGAGUAAAUGGAAUGGGUACGGAGAGUGUAGUUCUUAGCACAGGAAGCAUGCAGGGGUCUGCAUUUUUCUGGUCUCAUAGGAAUACGUUUCACCACUGAUGUUAAUUUUCCUGGUGGCACAAACUCUGGAGAAUAGAGAAGAAGCUUUCUGAAAACAAUCUUUGUAACUGUUCUGGCAACACAUUUUGUGUGCCAGGCAAGGACAUUAUACCUGCCCCUGUACCUCUUAUGAAGACACCCACUUAUCCCACUUAUGGAGACACCAGUCACAAGCAAGAGGAGACCUAUCACGGGGGGCCAGGAGGUGGCCAUCUAGCCACCUCAGGGCACCCCCAAAGCUGUGCUAGGUAACGCAGAGCAGGCAUCUGCUUACCUUGAUGGCAGGUACCUGCUCUGCCAGUGACUGGAGGAGGAGAGGGGGAAGGAGAAACCAGGCGGCGAGGGAGGCUAUUCUUGCAGCCUCUCACUCCUCCCUCGCGCACCCUCUGUGAUGCGGAAGCCGGAAUAUGAUAUCAUUCCGGCCUCGGCACACUAAACAGCGGGCGGGAGGAGUGAGAGCUGCCCCACACUGGACCCCAGGGAGGUGAGUGUUUGAGUUUUUGACUGUCAGUGAGUGUGUGCGUGUGUUUAUUUCUUCUUAAUUUAUUGUAAAAUAAAUACUAAUUUUGAUAAAUUGGUGAGUUUCUCUUAAUCCAUAAUUUCCCAUAAUUUUUUGCAGCUAGUGGAGUAUGUGUUGAUAUAGUAUAUACUUUGGGUCAAUGGUAAGAGAUAACACAAAUAACACAAACUCUGCUGGCAUUGAAAAUAGUAGCAGGAUCAUUUAUACGUGAUUGUAGGACUAAAUACAUUUUAGUUGUUUGUGUGGAUGUGGCUUCAAGAAAUAGACACAAGGCGCACAAUCAAUCAUUCUGAAUGUUAUAAAAAAAAUUUGGCUCAGAUACGUUGGCCUAAAAUUUGUAUUUCACUGAUCAAUACCAAGCAAUUCCCCAUUUUUGAGUAACCGUGAUUUCCUUAGAGCAGCUCUCACAUAAAGUGUAACUUUAACAUCUGUUUAUACACCUUUUUAUAUCACAAAAGUGCAUCCAGCUGAUGAAACUAGCACAUAAUAAACAUAUGAAUGGUAUUAUAUUAUAUUAUGGGACAUUGGACAUUGAGGUGGUUCUUUUUUUUCUUCUUGUAUAGAGAAUAUAAAGUUGGGAGAGAUGUCCACUGUCUAACCAUUCAAGGAGUUAACAGCUUGUGCUCAUUCAAAAUUACAAUUUAAGAGUCCGUUGUUGGAGCUGCCUGGAAAUGUGUGUUCAGUACAUCAAUAUUUAAGUAACUGGAUCUAACUACAAACCCAAGAAAGCUGGGAGGGGAUUGCGCUUACAAAAGCACUGCUCUUUAGGUGGGUCUUAAACACAUCAUCAUUUUAAAACCUUUUUUUUUUCUUCUUUAGCCAAAAGGUCAUGUUCAUUGACUCUAGCAGUCUUAUGUCCUUCACAAUCGUUAAAUGAGUUUUUUCGUUUCCAUUUUCAAAUUGAUUUUUUUCUUAAAGUCUCCAAUCUGUUCAUGCUGUUUGAUCUUCAAUGAAGGAAAAAGCUUUGCAAAAAGGGGACUGGGUCUUUUGGACUUUCAAGAUCAUGUAAGUGUUAUAUUUUGUUUUGUAUAAUUAUUUUUACAUAUCUUUUGUUGACAGCAUCUCUUUAGAAAAUAUGUGAUAUGUUAUUUGUGUUGUAUUUUUUUUAAUGCUAAGUAACCACGAACUGCAUCUGAAUAAUCUAGAGUUUUCAGGAAAUUCUCAAAAAGUUAUUUUUCUGAUGUUUCUAUUUUUUGUAAAAUGCAUUUGUUUAUUAUUUGUUUUCCAAAUCUGGCUGUGACGGAAAUAUUCUGCUUAUUAAGAUAAAUGUAUAUAUUAAAACAAUUUUUAGAAAAACAUUCAAUAACAAUUCACUGCUGCUACUGUUCUUUCUAGUAAAAUCAGAAGAAUAUGUGAUUUUCUUCUUGUGCAGAGCUUAAUGCUAUGUAGUGCAGAAAGAAGAUUAUAUAAUACAUAUAUAAUAUUCACACUUUACUUGAUUUGAGAUGCAGACAUAAAACUGCAACAUUCAUGUGAUGUUUAGCUAAUAUUCUCGGCCACGUAACCAAAAUGUACACUUUUAUACAAUUAUAAAUGGUACAUAUAUAGAAACAUAUUUCUGGUGGUGCAUACAUUUAAGUGUGUGUUAUUUCUGUGUUUGUAAAACACAAGUAAGGAUUUUAACCUCUUUAUUGAUUUAUAUUAAAGAACAAUUUCACUUAUCUGCCCUGAAAACAAAAAUAUUAUUUUUUGAGUCAAUUAAUCAAUUUAUGUGUCUGUUUCACACUGUUUCUUAUCAGUCAUGUCCCUCUAUCCUGUGACUGAAAAUUAAAUAUUCAAUAUUAUUUGUACCAUCUAUAGGAUAUCCAUAAUACGACAGAGAAAACACACAUACCGUACAGGGAUUUUACUUAUUCGUAGGUUUUCUUUGAACAGUCGUGAUCUCAGUGUAAUGCAAUCUAUAUAUAGCAUCUUCAUAAUCUACUUUGAUUUUAUGUUGUUUUAUGUUGGCCCUUUUCUCAAUAUUACACCAUAGUCUUGAGGUCUAUGGAAAUAGUUCUUUAUGUAUCUAAUUGGAAAUAGUUAUUAUUAAUAGUGAAAAUCUCUAUAUUAACUCAAAAUUAGACAUAAAUGCAUAACGUAAUGUCUCCGCACAAAAACUCACCAGUCUAUUGGAUUUCACAGUAAAUAUUGACUAUUCAUCCUGAACUAUUUUUAUCUCCCAGAGACAUUUUACAAUUCUCACACAAUAUUUAACCUACUGAGGCAUGAGAUAGUUUUAAACACCUUAAAGGGACACUAUAGGCACUAAAACAACUUUAGCUUAGUGAAGCAAUUUUGGUGUAUAGAUUAUGCCACUGAAGUCUCACUGCUCAAUUUCUGCCAUUUAUGAGUUAAAUUACUUUUAACAGCCCUAGACAUACCUUCCUGCAUGUAAUUUGCACAGCCUUCUUAAACACUUCUGGUAAAAAGACAUCUAAUGUUUACAUUUUCUUUACUGCACAAUGUGUUUAAUUUAGCAUUUCUUAUCUCCUGCUUUGUUAAUAGCUUUCUGGACCCAGCAGGAGCUUCAUGUGCGUGUAAAGUUCAAUUUACAGAGCAGAAGAUAAAAACUUCUAAAGCAGGUUAACAUGUGAUUGAGAAGUAAACCAUUUGUUUGUGUAGGCUAUGCCAGUCACAGCCAGGGGAGGUGUGGCUAGGACUGCCUAGACAGAAAAAAAAGUGAUUUAAUUCCUCAAUGGCAGAGAAUUGAGCAGUGAGACUGCAGGGGCAUGAUCUAUACCAGUGGUUAAAAACCUUUUAGGUUCAAGGCGCCCUUAAUAUUUCAAUAUUUUUCCAAGGCACCGCAAAUCAAAAUUUCUAGGUUGUAUAUCUGUAGUAGCACCACUUUGAUUUGAUUUAAGAACAUUCUCAUCACAAAUAAAUGUACAUAUAAGUUUCAUGCCACUAAAAUGUCAUUUGAAGUUGCAAAAAGAAAGAGGAUUUUUACAUCCUUGUAUAUUUUUACUUCAAUAGCAGUCGUGGAACACAACCAUAUGUAACCCAAUAUUUUUUCGUUAUUUCAGAUAUUUACCUUUCACAGGGGAAAAUCACUGAAGUUAUUGACAACCAUGGUUCAUAAGAGCAAAUCUUUCUGGAUUUCCAAUUUUAAGGAUCAUGCAAUUAACAUUAAUGUUGGGGGAUUAAAAAAACGUGUUAGUUCUAUCACCUUGUCUCAAUUUCCAGACACCAGACUCGGACGGUUACUUUUCUGUGAAACUGAAGAAUCGAUUCUACAAAUUUGUGAUGACUAUGACCUAGUUUCCAAGGAGUUUUACUUUGAUCGAAACCCUGGACUAUUUCCCUAUGUUCUGUACUUUUAUGAGACUGGAAAACUCCAUAUGAUGGACGAUUUGUGUGCCUUCUCUUUUUCACAAGAAAUUGAAUAUUGGGGAAUUAGUGAGUUCUUCCUUGACUCGUGCUGCAGCUAUAGAUACCAUGAACGGAAGUUAGAAAGCAGGCGACGCAAUUGGGAUGAGGAAAGUGAGGUGAGCAGUGUUGAUACCUCUGUUGAUGAAAUUUCUGACUUCAAUCAUGACCUCAUGCGCUUUAAUACCUUACAGUGUGGAAAUUUGCGCAAAAGACUUUGGCUUACCAUGGAAAAUCCAGGGUAUUCUAUACCAAGCAAAAUUUUUAGUCUCAUUUCCAUUUGCGUUGUAAUUCUCUCAAUAUCUACAAUGUGCAUCAACAGCAUGCCAGAAUACCAGAAGUUAGACAAGGAUGAAAUUCCUAUUGAUGACCCAAUCCUUCACAAUCUAGAAUAUUUCUGUAUCUCCUGGUUUACAUUUGAAGUAUCUUCAAGGUUGAUCCUUGCCCCAAACCUUAAGAAGUUCUUCAAACAUCCUUUAAACUUAAUUGACAUUGUGUCCGUGUUACCGUUUUAUUUUACCCUAUUGGUUGACUUGACUGUCGGCAGUGAUCAUGAGUUGGGAAAUUUGGGGAAAGUUGUUCAAGUAUUUCGCUUAAUGAGAAUUUUUCGGGUCCUUAAGUUAGCACGGCAUUCUACUGGACUACGUUCACUUGGAGCAACACUAAAGGUAAAAUAUGCUAGACGCAGUUUAUUUGUUUUGUUAAAUAUACAUGUUUCCAAUUUACUGAGGCUUUGCUUUUUUUAAAGACAUGUGCAGAUUUGGACCAAAUUAGUUUUCCUUUAAUCAAUUUAAAUAAGUAUUUUAGGAAUAUUUGCAAUGUUCUCAAUUUCACCUUUGUUCUUAAGAGUGGUAUUUUUAACAAUGUUUAGCAGAGAAAGUGCUGCUAAUGUGCAUGCUAACUGACCACUAUAAAAUGCUUUACCAUGAUUCUAUUUUUGCCACAAAAAGUGUCCACCAACAUUAUUAUCUCAUAUUUUGGCAAAUUGGUAAUCAGUUGCCAUUGUGGAAUGUUGCAGACAAUAACUUUUUUUUUUUUUUUUUUUAAAUUCUUUAUUUUUGUAAGACAUGUGCAAAGGCAUAACAAUAAUUGUACAACAAUGUUUUUUCCUUACAUAGUCAGUCAUAAGUAUGUAUUCCCUAACAAGUUAGGGUUGGGAUCAAAUGUACAGUUCUAGUGCAAGAUAGGUACUUAUAUUGGAUGUCUAGUUUUUGUAUAGAAUCCCUUAAGGGAAAGUGAUGUCUCCAGAAAGGGAUAGAGAGAAAAAAGAAGAGAGAGAGGGGAAGAAGGUGAGUAUGGGGUUGUUAUAUCCGAGUUUAUCUUGCCAGAUGAGUGUAUUGGGGGGGAGGUGGAUCGGUGCGGAACCUCCAGGGAGCGUCAGGAGUCCGUGUCGGCUCCCAUGGACCUCUACUAGGCUCUAGGGAGGUGUAGUCGCCCUCAUCUACUCAUCUGGGAUCCCAGGGGUCCCAGACAUUAUGAAAUGUUUUAGCGGUUCCUUUCACUCUAGCCGUAAGGUCGUCCAUUAGAUGGAUCUCUCUAAUUCUCUAUAGGACUUCAGGUAUGCGUGGGGUAUCCGGUUUCAGCCAGGAAGACAAUAACUUUUUUACAUGAUAACAAGGUCAUCUGUAUAUGCACUAAAAUAAAUUUCACUUAAACUAUAUAUUACCUAAAGCUUCCUACUGACUCGUUUGUGCAACCUAUGGGAGAUAUUGAAGCAUGAAAAUUCAUUACACCUAGUUUGAUUUUUUUUGUUUUUGUUUCUACACUAUUGAUACAGAUGUAAAAGAAAAAACAAACUAGGUAGCCAUGCAAUUAAAGGAACACUGUAGGCACCCAGACCAUUUCAGCUCAUUGAAGUGGUCUGGGUGCAGUUUCCCUUUUGCACCUAGUGCUGCAAUGUUAAACAUUGCAGCACUAAGUCUGCCCUCAGUGGCUGUCUACGGACUUUUGGUCCGUUAUCUGACACUGGACAUCUAUCAAUCCAUGAUGCGUACACAUUAGUAAGUUAUAUAAAUGUAAGUUUCUAAAAAGGGUCAGUUCUUGUUAAAUUGUCUCUAAUGUAAAUUUCUCUAAAUUUUAUGUAUUUGUAUCAUAAUAGACACUUUAAUCGCCAUAACCAAUACAGAUUAUUGUAGUGGCUAUGGCACAAUAAGUGUUUGGAGGCUGCCCCACACCAUCAAUUUUUUAACAGUUUGUUUUAAUUAGAAUGACAAUUAAAGGGCCAGGUCAAUCAUUUUGUAAACUAGGUAGAUGUCUAGAGGGCUACAAUAAAUACGAGCUGGGGAUCAGACAUCUCACCAAUCAGCCCAUUACCAUUUAGUUUUAUUUCAGGUGCUGAUCAAGAGGCUAAUUUAUUAUGCAGCAUAAUUAUUAAGUUCCAUUAUUGCUACAGCAUGGUCAAGCUCUCCUUACUGCAGUCCAUGUCUUCUCCUCUUAGAUAUUCAGUACACUUCUUAAGAGAGACAGGAGUGCACUAUUUUUGAAGGGUACAGUGACAUGACGUACCAUGAUACCCGUGCUCAAAACCACAUAGCUCCACCUUAAAAUCUUGUAAAAUAAAGUAUAACCUUACCUGUAAUCCACUGUGAUAAGCACCCCUCAUUAGAUUCCACACCCCAUCUGACGUCAUAGCCUCCCUCUCCAUGAGAAGAGAAGCAUAUGAUUGAUGAAUAAUUUGAUUGGCCUAUUCUUCCAGUUCAGAUCACAUGGGUGAGCUCUGGGCUGGGUAGAGGUGGGGAGAAAGGAGGGAGAGUAAACAAAAAAAGAAGCACUAUCGGGAGAAGAGGACAACAGGGAGGGCUCAAUUUGGAGAAGGGGAUCAAAGCUUCCAUUAGCAGGCACGCUCCCAGCGCUGUCGCCAAGGCGAGAAGCUGACCACUUUUGUGCACACUGAUGACUGACAUAUUUUAUGCAUAGACUUGAUAUUAAGCAACCAAGAACAGAGUUCUGGCUCCCUGAGUCAUGUGUGCUGGGGUAUAACUAGCCCCUGGCACAAAAGUGCAAAUAUCUCUGAAUGGGCUGUGUUCCAAGCAGAAAUGCUGCAUAAAGAGAUUCCUACCACCAUGACCACUUUUAAAAGCAGAAGUGUCCAUGACAGUUGGAACAACCCUUAAAGCACCAUUUACUGAUUGUUAUGCUACACACAAAAUUGUACAGGCAGCCACUAUCUCUCUAAAUUUCAAAGAGAAAAAAGAUCAAGUUAACAAGUCCAUAUUCACGUUAUGUCUGUGUGAUUGCAUAUCCCAAAGAUCAACCAUCAAUAAAAAAGAAAAAAGCCAGACAUAUGCAUUUAAAAAAUAUAUAUAAGUAAACCAUAUGCCUGAUUGAAAUGAACAAUUCUCAUAACAGAAAUUAACCUCAAAGUUAAGGCAUCAACUUUGACCCAAAGGGCCAUCACACAUAUGUACCUAGCACAAUACAAAAUUAAAAACAUGUAUACUAGGUGUAUUGAAUUGUAGACAUGUACAUCAACCUUCAAAGCAGAUACCUCCUGUACCUAUCUCUCCAAGGUCAAUCACAAUUGAAGUGUGCAUGGGUAGAGUGAGCCUUUUGUACUGCCCAGUUGUAGUUCCUAUGGCUACAACUUAGAUAAAUGCUAAGAAAUUGACAUAGUAUCAAGGUUGUAAACCAGUCUGUAUACUUUUCAGCAAAUAUCUACAGUCUGUUAGUAAUGAUAACAUAUUACAGCUUAUAUUUAGCAACCAUACUGCAAAAUAGUUUUGUCCUCAAAGAACAAUUAGUAUGACUAUCACUGGGAGAUUAAACAUCUUCAACUUAAUUGAUUUGGCCAUGUCAUUCAGGUGGAAACACACCUAUACUAUUUAAGUGCAGGGUCUACCCACUUCUAUGAAUUUUCAAAUUAUCAGUUGUGUAAAGUCUCUAAUAAAUCCUUACAAACGUAUUCCCAGUUGUUUUCAUUGUAGCCACAUGUCCUCAACUCAGCUAUUAGAAGAAAAGUUCCCAUGACUCCUUACAAGAUUUGUUUUUUCCCAACACUUCUGUUAACCCCUUCCAACCAAGCUAUUAUUAAGUUAAUAAGAACAUACAAUGAAAAAAAUUCUAAAAGAACUUUCUCCCUUCAGAUCACGAAGCCAAUUAGGGUUAAUAGAGCUAAGAAUAUGGAAACCCCUUUGCUUGGCUCAGUGGCAAACGUUAUACAAGCUUAAUUGAAUCUUGUAUCAUCCUGUAUGGUUAAAAAUACACAUUGACUGCUAACAUAAGCUCCCACCAAAACCCAAGGGAAACAAAAUAAAUUUCCAUUGAAUGUUUGCCUCUAGCCUUAGUGCCUGCUAAGAUGUUACUACAAACUGUAAAAAAAAAAAAAACUGCCUCUCCACAGUGUGAUUCAACAUCUUUUAUAGGACAAAUUAACCAUUUCUGCUAGUGCAGUAAUGAGCAAAAAUAGCUUCAAACUGUUGUUUAGCUUAGAUCUGUUUUUUACAAAGAGGAGAGACAUAGUUACCCAUCGAUAAUCAACAAGUGUUUCAGGGGGCAUGGCCAAAAGGACACUUCUCUUAUAAUGAGUGACAGUGAACUAAUCCAAAAAAAAUAUUGUACAAACUGCUGUAGACUUUCAGGACAACUGUCACCUCAAAAGUAUCUUUUAAAUAAUAAUCCUUUCAUCAAGUUUUGAAAGAAAGUUUUUUUUUUUUUUUUAUUACAAAUAUUUGACCAUAAACCUUUAGUACAUGACAGGAUCCUUUAGCCAUAUAUAUGCACCUUGGGAAAGACAGUAUUUAAAAAUUGACAGUCUCAACAAUAGCAGUUCGGCAAGCUCUAAUACUCUGAUAGAGUCUCAGCCCUCAGUACCACAAUCUUCAGAGCAAAGACUACUGAAUAACAUUAUAAAAAUAUAUACUUUAGUUGCUAUGGAUGAUGAUAAAAGUGAGCAAAUGGUCAAACGAUAUCUAGAUCUUGGGCAGCCACCGUUAGUAAUAUUCGCUAGUGACUAAUCUGAAUGUGUUGUAGGAAGCAUUCACAUGAAAAAUUUUAAAAAUGUACAGUCUGUCCUCUAUAGAGACUAUGGCACUGGAGAUGUGAUUAAUUCGUCCCUAUGGCACUGGAAAUGUGACCAAUUCAUCCCUACCUUAUGUCUACAAAUACUCGCAGUUUAGGGAAUAAGAUCCAUGAACUUGUGGCAAUAAUGGCAACUGAUAGUGUAGAUUUAGUCGCUGUUACUGAGACAUGGUACAAUGAGAAAAAUGACUGGGACAUAGCAAUACCAGGGUACUCUUUAUAUAGGAAAGAUAGGGAAGGCAAGAAAGGGGGAGGGGUGGCCUUGUAUGUGAAGGAUAGCAUAAAAUCUAGCCUAAUAAAAGUUAGUGAGGCAAACAUAGAGUCCGUUUGGGCUACGUUAGAAUUUGGUAAUCACACAGUAACUCAUGUAGGUGUGAUUUUAUAGGCCCCCAGGACAAACUGAAGAGUUAGAUAAUCUACUAGUUGAGGAAAUAGCUAAAAUUGGAAAACAAAAAUAGCUACUUGUGCCAGGAGCACACAUAUUCUAAACUCCCUACUGGGAUUGUCUCUAAAACAAGUUGUUGAGGAGCCAACUCGUAAAGAGGCCAUACUAGAUUUAGUGUUAACAAAUGGAGAUUUGGUAUCAGAUAUUACUGUAGGUGAAAGUUUAGGAUCCAGUGAUCAUCAGUCAGUGUGGUUUAAUAUAAGAACAGUGACUGAGUCACACCACACAAAACCAAAAGUUUUAGACUUUAGAAAAACAGACUUUUCUAAAAUUAGAAUUUGUGUAGAGGAGUCAUUAUCAUACUGGAGCAAUUUAAAUGGAGUCCAAGAGAAAUGGGAUUAUUUAAAAGCUGCACUAUUGAAGGCAACAGAAAAUUGCAUUAGGCUUGUCAGUAAAAGCAAAAAAUUCAAGAAAACACUGUGGUACUCCGCAGAUGUGGCCAAAAUAGUUAAAGACAAAAAGUUAGCAUUUAGGAAUUAUAAAAAAACCCAGAGUGAGGAAGACAAAAUGAUCUUUAAGAUUAGGCAGAAAGAGGCUAAGCAAGUUAUAAGAGCUUCCAAAUCACACACAGAAGAGAAAAUAGCACAGUCAGGUUCUAUUUCAACUGUCAAAAGUAAAGACAAAUAAGUCAAUGGGACCUGAUGGAAUACACCCAAAGCUAUUAAAAGAGCUUAGUGGUGUACUAGCAAAACCAUUAACAGAUUUAUUUAACCAAUCAUUGUUAACAGGAGUAGUCCCAGAAGAUUGGAAGUUAGCGAAUGUUGUGCCCAUUUACAAGAAAGGUAAUAGGGAGGAGUCGGGCAACUAUAGGCCAGUAAGCCUUACUUCAGUAGUGGGGAAAGUGAUGGAAACCAUGUUUAAGGAUAGGAUUGUUGAACAUCUAAAAACACAUGGAUUUCAAGAUCAGAGACAACAUGGGUUUACUUCAGGGAGAUCAUGCCAAACUAAUCUUAUUGAUUUUUUUGAUUGGGUAACUAAAAUUAUAGAUCAGGGUGGUGCAGUAGACAUUGCUUACCUAGAUUUCAGUAAGGCUUUGACACUGUUGCACAUAGAAGGCUUAUCAAUAAACUGCAAUCUUUAAGUUUGGAUUCAAAUAUUGUUGAAUGGGUAAGGCAGUGGCUAAGUGACAGACAACAGAGGGUUGUAGUUAAUGGAAUAUAUUCGAAGGUUGGACUUGUCACCAGUGGGGUACCUGUACUUGGACCCAUUCUCUUUAAUAUUUUUAUUAGUGAUAUUGCAGAAGGUCUUGAUGGUAAGGUAUGUCUUUUUGCUGAUGAUACUAAGAUAUGUAACAGGGUUGAUGUUCCAGGAGGGAUAAGCCAAAUGACAAAUGAUUUAGGUAAACUAGAAAAAUGGUCAGAAUUGUGGCAACUGACAUUUAAUGUGGAUAAGUGCAAGAUAAUGCAUCUUGGCGUAAAAACCCAAGGGCAGAGUACAGAAUAUUUGAUAGAGUCCUAACCUCAACAUAUGAGGAAAGGGAUUUAGGGGUGAUUAUUUCUGAUGACUUAAAGGUAGGCAGACAAUGUAAUAGAGCAGCAGGAAAUGCUAGCAGAAUGCUUGGUUGUAUAGGGAGAGGUAUUAGCAGUAGAAAGAGGGAAGUGCUCAUGCCAUUGUACAGAACACUGGUGAGACCUCACUUGGAGUAUUGUACGCAGUACUGGAGACCGUAUCUUCAGAAGGAUAUUGAUACCUUAGAGAGGUUCAGAGAAGGGCUACUAAACUGGUUCAUGGAUUGCGGGAUAAAACUUACCAGGAAAGGUUAAAGGAUCUUAACAUGUAUAGCUUGGAGGAAAGACGAGACAGGGGGGAUAUGAUAGAAACAUUUAAAUACAUAAAGGGAAUCAACACAGUAAAGGAGGAGACUAUAUUUAAAAGAAGAAAAACUACCACAACAAGAGGAUAUAGUCUUAAAUUAGAGGGACAAAGGUUUAAAAAUAAUAUCAGGAAGUAUUACUUUACUGAGAGGGUAGUGGAUGCAUGGAAUAGCCUUCUAGCUGAAGUGGUAGAGGUUAACACAGUAAAGGAGUUUAAGCAUGCGUGGGAUAGGCAUAAGGCUAUCCUAACUAUAAGAUAAGGCUAGGGACUAAUGAAAGUAUUUAGAAAAUUGGGCAGACUAGAUGGGCCGAAUGGUUCUUAUCUGCCGUCACAUUCUAUGUUUCUAUAUUUCUAUGUUUACCUUCAGUAUGUGGCAGGAUCCUUCAGCCAUAUACAUGCACCUUGGGUAAGACACUGUUUAAAAAUCGACAGUCUCACCAAUAGCAGUUCGGCAAACUCUAGUGACUAAUCUGAAUGAGUUGGAGGAAACAUUCACAUAAAAAAUUGUAAAAUUUGUCUUCUAUAGUGACUAUGACACUGGAGAUGAAGUAUUUUAUUUUUCUGUCUUUCUUCACCUUCCUCUCUCUCACUUACGAUGCAGGAUUUUUUUGCCUUUCAAAUGCUACAAUGCUACAAAGUUUUUUUUCCUGCUUGCUUUUGUAAAGGAUCACCUGGCACCCCGACUGGGUACCUCCGUUGAAGGAUGCUCCUAGCGCUUCCUGAGGGCUCCAAGCACUCCAGCAGACACCAUAAUCACCGCAGACCCCACGAACUGCCGCAGCUUGGUUAGGGGCCCCCCGUCUCCUUCCCACCCUGGACCUCCGACAAGGCUCCAGGUUCCAGUGGGUGAACCUCUCUUCCAAGAGAGCGAAGCAGGAACAAGCUCUUACAAGCUUGUUCCUCUGAUUAGCCAAGGGAGCAUGCAGAGCAUAGCAAUCCCUUGUAGUGAUAUAGCAGUUCCCCCAAUAAGAGACAGGACUCUAGAUUGAGGGUCAAGAAGAUCUGUUUUAAUCAGCUACAAAGGGCCUUCUUUUAUGCAGGUUUUACACAUACAGUACCGCCCACAGGGUUUUGUAAAACAACCAAUAACACACGUACAAUACAGGUAAACACUCCCAAUCAUUCCCACAAAAAUCCUCCCCUCUGCCUGUGAUAUAAUUACUGUACACAAUGGGUUAAUGUAAUUAUCACAGGCAGCAAAAAUAUACUUUUAAUAUAUGUACUGUAACUUUAAACCUAUAUAUUCAAUCUUCAUAAAAAUCAUAUAUUCUUACUCAGCAUACUUCAAAUAUAAACACUCUAAGAAAUCAGACAAUUCCAUCCAGGGGUUAAAAAGUUAGUCGGAAGUCCUUUGUGACCGACCGCAAGCACAUUUUCCUGCCCAAAACAGUUCCAUAGAUUUGGGCUGUGCGGUCAGUCAAUUUUACACUGAAAAAAUGACUAAGUCCCAUUCGCAUGCACGAUUGUGGCACCGUUUGUGCAAAUAGCUUAGUCUAACUGUGUGUUUAAAUCACUGAACGUGACAGACGCUGCAGCUGAAAACUGAGUGGAAGAGACGGUGUUCGUGCAAAUGUGUAGUCGAUUUCAGUUCCAUGAAUUUGGCUGCACACACCGCUGACCGCGUGCGAAUGAAUAAAGAUGGCCACCGCCACAUGUUCGUUUGUGCGAACAGCGACCACCCAGCGGUCGGCAAUUUACCUACAGCAGGCUCCCAGCCUGGGAGGUAAAUUGCCUGCACGAUUCCACUUCUGUGUGGUCCGCCUGUGUGGUACUUGGUUCAGUAAGCCCCAUUUACUGAACCAAGUGGGUGAAAGCCAUGCACCAAGGAUUUCAAAGGUCUGGGGACAUAGUCUUAAAGGGGCAUUGACACACAAAGUCUCAAUAUGUCCCCAGACAGUUCUUAAAGGGCCAUACACAGUCCAAUUGAAGUCCAUAAGCCCCAAGACUGUUGUUAAAGGGCAUGAUCUCCCAGGGGCCAUAGUCAGAAGGUAGGAGGCGGGCAACCAGUCCCCUCCAAAAACCAGUGACGAGGUCACUUUCGCCACAGUUUUAAUAAAGGGAUAUUGUAGUCACCAGAACAGAUUAAUGUAGUGGUUCUGGUGUCUAUAGCAGUGGCGGAUCGGGGGAGGGGGGGCAACGGGGCAAUUGCCCCCCCCCCCGAAACAGAAGUGCAGCACGAUGAGAGGGCUUUCGGUGGCCCUGCUUUGCUGCUGUCAUUCUAUCUACAGCCCUUGUACAUUGGCAGCACCAGUCUCCACACCCUUGUGACAGGCUCUGCCCCUUUAGGCCCCACCCCCCAUCAGGGAGGGGGGAAUACACUUUUUUUUUCUUCAGCCCCCCAAGUGCAGCCCCUAUGCCCAAAUUUCCCCCCUUACCAUCCACUAGAGCCCCUAACCUCCCCAACUAAAGCCCCUAACACCCCUUCUAAUGCCCCUUACUCCUUACUACACUCCUAACCUCCCACUACAGCCCCUAACACUCCUACUAAAUCCCCUUACUCCUUACUACACCCUAAACCCCCACUACAGCCCCUAACACCCCUUCUAAUACCCCUUACUACACGCCUAACACCCCACUACAUCCCUGAACACCCCUACUAAAGCCACUUACUCCUUACUACACCCCCAACCCCCAAUAAAAUGUUUAUAAGGCCCUAUACCUGCUAUAAAUAUUAAUCAAAAUGUGUUUUUACAUUGUUUUAAGAUAUCUAUUUGUAACAUGCAUUUUGAUUGGCUGCCCUUAGUUUUGGCGCCAAUUUUAAUUAUUUGUAUUCUUAUUUAAACCUACUCUGCCAGGUAUUAUGUCCUAUUCCAUUUUGAAGAAGCCGUGUAAGGCGAAACGCGUUGUGGAUAUUUUAUAUUGUGUAUUUUAUAUAUUAAAGAUUCUUUGGUCACUUUACUUGUGCCAAUCAUCUUUUUAUACACGUCAUACUGUUUUUACUUUUUUUACCUGCCAUUUUAUCAUCCUGGACUCCAAGUAAUCCUAGGUGGGGAUCAUACCACUAACGCUAUCAUCAAGGGGCAGUUGGUCUGCUCCUCUCUUGUGAGUACCAUUUUAUAUAUCUUAAAUACCAUUGUUUUAUCCAGUGAGCACUAUUGGUUGUCUCCUUUUACCCUUCUCUUUGAGUGUUGAACAUACCCCUGACGGAGGAAGUCUAUCCAAUAUCCCGUAAGCGGGGAUUGAACCGCUGUACGCUCUUCACACUAGAGCUAGCUAUAGCUCUAAUAUAUGUGAGUUUAUUACCAUAUUUUUAUCAUUUGCUAUAUUAGACUGGACAUACUACACUAUUUGGUUCUCUAUCUGUUUUAUCUUUUCAUAUGAGUGGAUCUACUUGGGCAAGGACAGCGAGGACAUUGUUCCUGACCAAGCACCUUAUAGACUAUCUGAUCUUAAUAAGAUCAUUCCAGUUAAGACUCUUUUAUUUAGAUUAUCUUUUAUUUUAAUUAUUGUAUGUUACAAGGUCUCUCUGGCACAGCCCUUAUCUCUCUCUCAUAUAUAUAUAUCCCUAGUAGAGAGCACUAUGGAGUCUUGGUAAGAUAAAUUCAAACAUAGAAAUAUAGAAUGUGACAGCAAACUGCUGCUUUAUUAAGCAAACACAGUGAUUAACACAAUAGUCAACGUUUCAGUCUAUGCAGACUUUUUUUCAAGACAAUUUACAAUGUGAGCUUGUGGCUGUUAUAUACAUAAGAAAAAAGUUUGAUUGGAGGGUGUGGUAAUGUAAACGAGGUAGUGUGACACCACCUGAUGAUGUGGUGUAAGAGAAUUAGCAUAAGUGAUCAGGUUUAACCCUGUGAGGGUGAGAAAAAGCACAAAGAAUAUAUAUACAGAAUAUACAAAAAAGGAUCUCUGAGAACCUAAAAGAAUAAUAAUAUGUGUAUUGUUCUGUCUGUAGUAUCAAAGCUUCAUAGUCGAAAGAGGCACAGAGUGUAGUUUAAAUUGUGACUAAUAUACACUGCUCAAAAAAAUAAAGGGAACACUUAAGCAACACAAUGUAACUCCAAGUCAAUCACACUUCUGUGAAAUUAAACUGUCCACUUAGGAAGCAACACUGAGUGACAAUCAUUUUCACAUGCUGUUGUGCAAAUGGGAUAGACAACAGGUGGAAAUUAUAGGCAAUUAGCAAGACACCCCCAAUAAAGGAGUGGUUCUGCAGGUGGUGACACAUACCACUUCAGUUCCUAUGCUUCCUGGCUGAUGUUUUGGUCACUUUUGAAUGCUGGCGGUGCUUUCACUCUAGUGGUAGCAUGAGACGGAGUCUACAACCCACACAAGUGGCUCAGGUAGUGCAGCUCACCCAGGAUGGCACAUCAAUGCGAGCUGUGGCAAGACGGUUUGCUGUGUCUGUCAGCGUAGUGUCCAGAGCAUGGAGGCGCUACCAGGAGACAGGCCUGUACAUCAGGAGACAUGGAGGACGCCGUAGGAGAGCAACAACCCAGCAGCAGGACCGCUACCUCCGCCUUUGUGCAAGGAGAAACAGGAGGAGCACUGCCAGAGCCCUGCAAAAUGACCUCCAGCAUGCCACAAAUGUGCAUGUGUCUGCUCAAACGGUCAGAAACAGACUCCAUGAGGACCCGACGUCCACAGGUGGGGGUUGUGCUUACAGCCCAACAACGUGCAGGACGUUUGGCAUUUGCCAGAGAACACAAAGAUUGGCAAAUUCGCCACUGGAAGCCUUGUGCUCUUCACAGAUGAAAGCAAGUUCGCACUGAGCACGUGACAGACGUGACAGAGUCUGGAGACGCCAUGGAGAACGUUUUGCUCCCAGCAACAUCCUCCAGCAUGACCGGUUUGGCAGUGGGUUAGUAAUGGUGUGGGGUGGCAUUUCUUUGGGGGGCCUCACAGCCCUCCAUGUGCUCGCCAGAGGUAGCCUGACUGCCAUUAGGUACCGAGUUGAGAUCCUCAGACCCCUUGUGAGACCAUAUGCUGGUGUGGUUGGCCCUGGGUUCCUCCUAAUGCAAGACAUUGUUAGACCUCAUGUGGCUGGAGUGUGUCAGCAGUUCCUGCAAGACGAAGGCAUUGAUGCUAUGGACUGGCCCGCACAUUCCCCAGACCUGAAUCCAAUUGAGCACAUCUGGAACAUUAUGUCUUGCUCCAUCCACCAACGUCACGUUGCACCACAGACUGUCCAGGAGUUGGCAGAUGCUUUAGUCCAUAUCUGGGAGGAGAUUCCACAGAAGACCAUCCACCACCUCAUCAGGAGCAUGCACAGGCAUUGUAGGGAGGUCAUACAGGCACGUGGAGGCCACACACACUACUGAGCCUCAUUUUGACUUGUUUUAACCCCUUAAGGACCAAACUUUGGGAAUAAAAGGGAAUCAUGACAUGUCACACAUGUCAUGUGUCCUUAAAGGGUUAAGGACAUUACAUCAAAGUUGGAUCAGCCUGUGGUGUGUUUUUCCACUUAAAUUUUGAGUGUGACUCCAAAUUCAGACCUCCAUGGGUUGAACAAUUUGAUUUCCAUUUUUUAAUUUUUGUGUGAUUUUGUUGUCAGCACAUUCAACUAUGUAAAGAACAAAGUAUUUCAGAAGAAUAUCUAAUUCGUUCAGAUAUAGGAUGUGUUAUUUUUGUGUUCCCUUUAUUUUUUUGAGCAGUGUAUAUCAAAGUGCAGAGCUGAUACAGAGAAGUAGAAAUGAGGAUACUAAAGUUACUAUGAAAGCUCAGAUGGCAGAUACAUACAUAAAGGUACUACUCCAAUAAAUUUGCACAGGUCCAGACAGAUCUCCAUAACAUACUUGUUUGACAUACCAGUGAUAAAGAAAAUAUAUUUACUAGCAUAACAAAGAUUAAUAAUGUAAAUUAAUAGCGUAACCUAAUAACUUCUAUGUUAUCAUCCACCCCUUAUAUACAAUUAGCAAAACACCCCCAAUAAAGGAGUGGUUCUGCAGGUGGUGACCACAGACCACUUCUCAGUUCCUAUGCUUCCUGGCUGAUGUUUUGAUCUCUUUUGAAUGCUGGCGGUGCUUUCACUCUAGUGGUAGCAUGAGACGGAGUCUGCAUUAGUCUACAUUAUAUACAGCUUCAUCUUCAUUAUUAAAGUGCAUCAUCUUCUUUGAAGAAAGCAAUACAACGAGUUCUUCUCAUUUAGUCCAUAUGGGAAUAUUGUUCCCAAGUUGUGUAUCCAGAAAGCAGCAGUUUGAAUUUACCUUACCAAGACUCCAGAGUGCUCUCUACUAGGUAUAUAUAUAUAUUGGUUGGAGAUUGUGCACCGGAAGAAGACGGGGAACAGUGCUGGGUCCUGGAAAUAUAUAUAUUUAGUAUUAUAUAUAUAUAUAUAUAUAUAUAUUUAUUUUUAUUUUUUUUAUUUUUUCAUUCUAAGUGUAUUUUUAUAUACAUAUGAUAUAUAUAUAAAAUUUCAUUCUAAGUGUAUUUUGAUAUAAAUAUAUAUAUUAAUAUGAAAAUACAGUUAGAAUAAAAUAUUUGUAUAAAAUACAAAGUUGCUUGCACUCCUGGAAUAGGUAAAUAAUGUGCCCGGUGCUGGUCAGGCAAAUAGCAUAGAAAAACUGAAAAUGACCACACUCAGGGACUUGUAAAUAUCACUAAAACUUAACUUUUAAUGUUCAAAAUAUAUCAAAUCAACGUUUCAGCCCUAUAUUUGGGCUUUCAUCAGGAUGGUAAAAACACCAUCCUGAUGAAAGCCCAAAUAUGGGGCUGAAACGUUGAUUUGAUUUAUUUUGAACAUUAAAAGUUAAGUUUUAGUGAUAUUUACAAGUCCCUGAGUGCGGUCAUUUUCUGUUUUAUAUAUAUAUAUAUAUAUAUAUAUAUAUAUAUAUAUAUAUAACAUUUCUUUAAAAUUAUUUUUACUUUUUUUGUAUUUAUUUUGAUUUACUUAUUUAUAUUUUAUAAUAUAUAUAUAAUAUAUCUAGUUAUUAUAUAUACGUGUGUAAUUUAAUUCUAAGUGUAUUUUUAUAUUAACAUAUGUAUAUAUUAAUAUAAAAAUACACUUAGUAUGACAUAAUAUAUUUGUGUUCAGGGCAAAGAAGCCAUAAUAACAGUAUAUAACUUAUAUACUGCAUAUAACCAAAUAGAAAAUAAGAACAGUCGGUUGUGGUGUGCCAAAACCAACAAUGCAGUAGGCCUGUAAUAAAAGAGGGCAAAAAGAGUAUACCAUACAAGACUUAUUUCAGCCUACAAUUUGACAAUCAUAAAGCAUAGAUCAUAUGUGCAUGUUACAAAAAGCUUUGCUUAUUUCCUGUAUUGGUUAGGGUAUGUUUUUGGUAUAUGCAGAUGAAUUCCACCGUCCCAAGGUCUUGAUAAUAUGUACCGGUAUGAUCCUACUGGAAGCAGUGGUGGCUGCUCCAAUGCAGAAGGAGUGUCCUGAGUAGUGGGAUGGAUUGAGGCCUAACCUUGCCAAUAAUACAGAGCAUGAAUUUACUAGAGGUGAGAGCAUUGCUAUGUAAGGUAAACAAAGGUUGGUCAGAGGAACCGGGAACAAUGGUUAGGAAUUUAUCUAUUACCUGUACCGGUAGGGUAAUAGGAAAUCUUUACCAGUUGAUUUUUAGAAGUGGUUUUAGUGUGGUUGAGGGAUAGUAUAUAGUGAUCUUGUAUUAUAACCAUCUCGUAAUGGCGUCUUGGGAUGUGAUGUUUGUAGUGGUAAACUCUCCGGGUCUAAGGAACCCAUAGAAAGUGAAGUAGAUAGCGGUUUUAAUGGCAUGAUUAAUGUUUGAUUCGAAAAGGGGUUGUAUCUAUGAGGUCUGAUAAGGAUUGGAAGAGUUGACUAUGAAGAUGGUGGUAUAUGGUUUGAAUUCUUAAUACAAAUACAGAUACAAGUCGGGCACUUCAAUACUUAAUAAAUCUAUGCAAAGAAGGGUGAAAAAAGGUGUUGCCCCCACACCUUGAUGGAAAUAAAGAAAAAAAUAACACCAACAACAAAGUGUAAGAAAACACAGAGUGAGAGUGUACCCUUCAAGCAAGAUAUAAAUAUAAAAUAAGUAAAUACUUAUGCAUAUACAUGAAUGGCAGGAUGGUCAUAAACAAUACCUAAAAAAACAAUAACACAAAACAUAGUGUGUACUGCCAAAAUACAAGUGAGUGUAGAUGAAUAAUUGGUUCAACUCAUGGAUUCCAGAGCCGUGCCAGGCUCUGUAUAGAAAGCCCAAGGGUGCCUAAACAGGCUAAAACGAAUAACCAUGGACCACUGGAAUCAGAUGGAUCACGGAGAUAGGAGGAGCCACAGCAGCAAAUAAGUGGAUCAAAUAAUACAUUUAUUUAAUAAAAAAACAAAGUAUAAAAUAAGCUUACAAAAAAGGUUGAACCAAUUAUUCAUCUAUUCGUAUUUUGGCAGUACACACUAUGUUUUGUGUUAUUGUUUUUUAGGUAUUGUUUAUGACCAUCCUGCCAUUCAUGUAUAUGCAUAAGUAUUUACUUAUUUUAUAUUUAUAUCUUGCUUGAAGGGUACACUCUCACUCUGUGUUUUUUACACUUUGUUGUUGGUGUUAUUUUUUUCUUUAUUUGAAUUCUUAAUGCCGUUUAGUAUAGUUUUGAAUAGAUAAGAUGAUCGGAAACUGUGGUUGUUUGGCCAAUGUGUAAGUAUAUGGUGUUACAUAGUUACAUGAAAAGAGCGUCCAUCAAGUUCAGCCUUCCUCACAUUUGUUUUUUGCUGUUGAUCCAAAAGGCGGCAAAAAACCCCAGUUUGAAGCACUUCCAAUUUUGCAACAAGCUAGGAAAAAAAAUCCUUCUUGACCCCAGAAUUUUAAUUUUUGGGGGGAGGGGGUGACUAGGGGUUUGGGGACCCCUAGUCACCUGGGGGAUAGUGUUUUUUUUUUUUUUUAUUUAGGGCCCCCACCCAGCGGAGGACAUUAGGUCCCCCCCUAAUUAGUAUUUAGGGCCCCCAUCCACCGCUCAGGGGUGGGGGGUCAGGGGGUAGGACAUUAGGUCCCCCCUAUUCUGAUUUAGGGCCCCCAACCACCGCUCAGGGGUGGGGGCCAGGGGGGAGGACAUUAGGUCCCCCCCCAAUUAGUAUUUAGGGCCCCCACCCACCGCUCAGGGGUGGGGGCCAGGGGGGAGGACAUUAGGUCCCCCCUAUUCUGAUUUAGGGCCCCCAUCUGCCGCUCAGGGGUGGGGGCCAGGGGGGAGGACAAUAGGUCCCCCCAUUACUUUACGGCCCCCACCCACUGCUCAUGGGUGGGGGCUAGGGGGGGAGGACAAUAGGCCCCCCCCCUUAUUUUACUUUAGGGCCCCCAUCCGCCAUUCAAGGGUGGAGGGCAAUAGGUCCCCCCUUCGGGUUAGGAGGGGGAGGGGGAGGGGGGACAGGCUGCUCACUGUUUAAUAGACAUGCCCCUACUCGCGGUAUAGCGAGUAGGGGCAUAAUUUACUAAUACUAAGUAAUCUACAAUAUAAUUUGCUAAUACUAAGUAAAUCUUUACUUAGUAUUAGUAAAUUUGGCUGAAAGACCAAAUAAAAACAUGACACAAUAGAAAUAAUCCAUGUGACCUAUGUGGGGUUUGGCUCACACUAAGCUUGCAAGAAAUAGAAAGCUGUUGUGUAAAACUUUUCCAAGCUGUGCAAGUUCAACCAAAGAGCUCUGAGAACUGCUCAGUUGCUAGCCUUUGGUUGCUCGCUGUUUAGCAGACAUGCCUCCACUCAUGGCAUGGGGCAGGUAUAAAACCUCCCUUUUAUGAAUCUCGGGGCCACAGGCAGUUUUCUCACAGGCAGUUUUCUUUAAUCUGUUUUGCCAAUGGCAGAUAACCGCUAAUCCUGAUGUAACUGGCUAUUGGGUGUUUCGGUUGCUUGGGGAUUAGAUCAUGUGUUGGCUCAGAGUUUUGUUUUUGGCAGAAUUGACAGAUUGGGCAAAUGGGCAGAAUACCAACUCUCCACUUCUGGUGCCUAUUCGGAUGAGUCUACAGCAGCAGAAUAACACCUAGCAGGGUUACAUUGCAGCCAUGCACAAUACAACAUUGCUCACCCAGCUCAUAUAAAUACUAAUCUAAAUAUGGUUUCUGUUGGCAUGGUGGCCCUCUAACUAUGACCUAAUCUAGCCUACCCUGUCAUAUCAUUUAUGUCACAGGCAGAUGCAUUUAUAUCAAAAAUUGUGGUGGGAACAGAAUUCUUUUUUUCUUAUUAUUUAUAAUUCUCACUGGACACACAGAGCAGUUUACACAGAGCAGUUUUUUAUAAGACAUUUUCCCAUCUCUAACAGAGUCUUUGCUUGAGUAAACAUACAUUCUGUAAACUGUAUAAUAACAGAGAAGGUUAGCUUGCAGUGUACCAAAAGGGAAAGCUAGGUAGAUAGGUGUAUAAUCCAUAUACAGUUAUGGGAAAUAGAAAGUAGAGCCUCUUUGAAUUCCAUGGUUUUACAUAUCCGGACAUAAUAACAAGCAUCUAUUCCUUAGCAGGUCUUAAAAUUAGGUAAAUACAACCUCAGAUGAACAACACAUAACAUAUUAGACCGUGUCAAGAUUUAUUUAACAAAAACAAAGCCAAAAUGGAGAAGGUGUGAAAAACGAAGUACAACUUAUGAUUCAAUAGCAUGUAGAACCACCUCAGGGACGGAUCCAGAACCUAAUCUCGGGAGGGGCACUGGUAGGUACAAUCCAGGCACAAUAACCACUACAGCUCUUUGUAGUGGUUAUGGUGCCAGGAGGGGCAUGGCACACUACCAGAGUAAGUAGUCAAACCGUUUAAGAACAUUUUGACACCUUAAAUUUGGUCUGCCAGGAUAGGAGCUGUAGUAAGGGAAAGGGACUAUAGUAGGUAAGUGGUGCAGUGUGUAUGUGAGGGGUGCAGUCAGGGCCGGAUUAACAUAGGGGCUGAUGGAGCUGCAGCUCCAGGCCCAGGCCCAUGGAUUUAAAAAAAAAAAAAAAUCUUUUUACAUUUUUUUUUUUCACACACUACUCUUAGGGAUUCCACCUGGCUUUUAUUUUAUUGGCACAGCCAGUAUUUGAGGCUGCCUGGCUGGUGCCAAUAUUGCAGUGAUACCGCAAUACAAAUGCUGGUAUUUUUCUCAGUUUAAACAAGAGAUUACUAUUCAAUACCAGCACUGGCCAGUAGGGGUCGCUGUAUGUGGAGACAGGCAGGGAUAGGAAGUUCCAACAUAUCCCUCCCUGCCUAUCUAUAUACUCACUGAUCUGCAGGGGUGCAGCUACAGAGAGUCCAGACACCAACUCCCACCCUGCAGAGACAGCCUACAGCUCAGGGAAGUAAGGGAUGGGGGAAAAGGCUGCAAGGAGACAUACACUGAGACACAAGGGACAUUGAUAGACAUUAUGACACAGACACAUGGGGACACAGUGUCCCCAUGUCUCCCAGCCAGUGUCCCUGGUGUCUCAGUGCCCCCUAGUCUUCCAGUGACCCCUAGUCUCCCAGUGCCCCCAGUCUGCCAGUGUCUCACUGUCCCCAUGUCUCCUAGUGCCUCCAUGUCUCUCAGUGCCUCAAGUGUCACAAUGUCCCCAUGUCUCCAAGCUAGUGUCCCUAGUGUCUGUGGCCCUGGUGUCUCAGUGUCCCCAUGUCUCAAUGACCCCAUGUCCCCCAGCCAGUGUCUCUAGUGUCUGUGUCCCCAUGUCUUUAAGUGUCCCCUAUUUUCCCAUUGUCCCCAUGUGUCCCAGCCAGAGUCACCUAGUCUCCCAGUGUCACUGGUGUCUCCGUGUCCCUAGGUCUCCUCGUCUUCCUAGUGUCCUAGUGACAUGGGGACCCUGGGAUACAUGGGGACACAGGGAGACAUGGGGCAUUGAGACACUGAUACAUAGGAUCACUGGGAGACCUAGGGACAUGACACUAGGGGACACUGGGAGACAUGGGGCACUGAGACACUGAUACAUAGGAACACUGAGACCUGGAGUAAUCGACACAUGGGGGCACUGAGUCAUGAGGACACUAGGAGACAUGGGGGCACUGAGAGGAAUCCAUCUAUACAGCAGAAUCAAACUAAGUCGGUUUUUGGUGAUUUUACAGCAUUUUCUCUUAUGUCACUCUUUGUGAUUUACAUCAUGUGAUGUCAUCCAUAUAUAUUUAAUUAUGCAAAUUAGUAAGGCCGGUAUGUUUUUCCAAGAAAGGUGGCAACCCUAACUACUUUUCACAUACUCUUACUUAAGUAUGGAAACUUAAGAGGGAUGUAUGGGAACAAAACUUGUGUGGACUGGCUGACAAUGAAUAUAGUUAAAGGGACACUAUAGUCACCCAGAACAACUACAGCUUAUUGAAUUUGUUCUGGUGAGUAGAAUCAUUACCGUUAGGCUUUUUGCUGUAAACACUGUCUUUUCAGAGAAAAUGCAGUCUUUACAUUACAGCCUUGUGAUAACUUCACUGGCCACUCCUUAGAUGGCUGUUAGAGAUCCUUCCUGGGUCAUGGCUGCCUAAAAUGCAUCCAAACAUUCAGUGUCUCCUCCCACUGAACUUUCCUCAUAGAGAUUCAUUAAUUCAAUUCAUCUCUAUAAGGAGAUGCUGAUUGGCCAGGGCUGUGUUUGAAUCAUGCUGGCUCUGACCCUGAUCUGCCUCUUUGUCAGUCUCAGCCAAUCCUAUGGGGAAGCACUGUGAUUGGAUCCACCACUUCUAAUGAUGUCAGCAGACUGUUUGUUUUUAUGAGUCUAACAGCAUGCAGAGUUACAGCUUCAAGCUUGAAUAUAGUAAGAUUUUGCUAUAUUUAUGGAGGCAUGAGGGGCCCAGGGGGGCUAGAUGGUAGUGUUAACACUAUAGGGUCAUGAAUUCAUGUUUGUGUUCCUGACCCUAUAGUGAUCCUUUAAGGUAAUGCUGACUUUGGUCUCUCUAACACUGUGGCAUGUUCCCUUUCUUCUACACUCACUACAUACAGCUUUUCUCUGUCCUAGACUAUAUACCAGGAGCUUCUGCCUGCUAGUAAGAAGGUAAGGAGACAAGUGGAACAUCGAGUGCUAGGGGAGAGUCCUUAGAAAGCGUUGAGUGAGUGCAUCAUUAGAUGCAUUUAUGCCAAGCUCAGGGUGCUGUCUGCAUAGUAUGCCCUUAGUUGGCCAGCUGCAUGAUUGGCAGGCAGCCUGACAUGCAUUCAUGCCAGGCUGGCCUUCUAAUUCUUUGGGCAGACAUGUCCUCUUUUUGGGCAUGUUUGCCCCUUUUGGCAGGUUACUUGAUUUGUGUCAGUGGCACACCCUUUUACCAUGCCCAUUGACUUCCUGCUUGACUGGACACUGCUGUUAGGGGUUAUGGAUUUACUUGAAAGAUGAAAACAAAUUAGAGAGAGAUUAGCCUAGGGUAUGUGUUUUCUUAUAGCUGCUGUUUUCUUUCUCUCCAGCACCAUCUCCAUCAGAUACAUGACGCUUGGGAGUGUUUUACUGUUUUUGGUCAAUAUGAUUCUGUAAUUAGGCCCGUCAUAAUUGUCAGCACCAGGCCCACUGGGCUCUUAAUCUGGCCUUGGGUGCAGUGUGUAUGUGCGUGGUGUGCAGUGUGUGAAUGAAUGGUGCAGUCUGUGUGUGUGUGUGAAGGUAAAGUGUACUUGUGAAGGAUGCAGUGUGUGUGAGGGGUAAAGUGUACUUGUUAGGGGUGCACUGUGUGUGUGUGAGGGGUGCAGUGUUUGUGUGUGUGUGAAGGAUGCAGUGUGUGUGUAUAGGGGUGCAGUGUAUGUGUAUAUGAGGGUGCAGUGUGUGAAUGUGGGUGCAGUAUUUAUGUAUGGGGUGCAGUGUAUGUGUAUAGGGUGCAGAUCCAUACAAAUAUAUCUAUAUAAGUUUUGAUUUUUUUGUAUUCAAAGUAAAUAUACUUUAUACCCCUCCUUUCUUACCUUUGGGGGAUAUUACCGUACUUCCAAUCUCUGGUGGUGAGUGAACUCUAGCCUGCAGCUCAGGAUAGAGUUCACUCUCGCGAGAACCGGAGCAUUGCCACGGCAACCAUGGCAAUGCUCCGUUGUCGCGAGAGGAGGACUCAGAGGAGCUGCAGCCUGAGCUCCUGGGUCCUCUCUCCCUCCCUGCCAGCUGCCAGCAAAGUGCCCACCCCCUGGAUCCUCCAGUAAACCACCUUAAGCCGCAAUAACUUAAAGUAAUCUUUUUCUGUAUGACUUUAUCAGUCUGUCACAUUGUUGUGGAGGAAUAUUGGCUCACUCUUGUUUACAAUGUUUUGAUCAUUGAGGUUUGCUGGCUUUUAUUUAUGCACAGCUCUCUUAAGGUCUCGCCACUGAAGAGUCAUAACUAGAAUCCACUUUAAGUUACAUUGUGUGUGUACAUAUCAGUGUUUCAAGGUGUGUGUCUGUGUGUGCAUCUGUGUGUCAGGAUGUGUAAAUGUCAGUGCGUGUCAGCGAGUGCAUUUGUCAAGGUGUGUGUGUGUGCCUCUGUUUGUCAGGGUGUAAAUCUGUGUAUCAAGGUGUGUAUAUGUCAGGGUGUGUGUAUGUCACUGUGUGCAACUGUGUGCCAUGGUGUGCAUAUGUCAGUGUGUGAAACAUGUGCCAAGGUGUGUGUAUGUGUCGGUGUGUGUAUAUGAAAUUGUGUGUAUGUGUCAGUGUGUUUAUAUGUAUAUCUGUGUAAGUAUGUAUAUAUGUAUGUAAGUAUGUAUGUAUGUGGCAGUGUAUGUUUGUAUGCGCACUCAAACACCAACACAACAUGCAAACAUAGUCCUGGAAUAGAAGACAAAUGUUACACACAAUCGCAACCAUGCAUUCAAACUCCAUAAUUAUAUACAAACACAUGCCUUCGAUUAAACACCAAUACUAAACCAAAAUCUACAUCUAUAUUUAAAAGCCAACAUUACCUCCAAACACACCCCUGCAAUCAAACGCAAACAUUAUGUGCAAACACACCUCUGUAUUAAAACACUAAAAUUAUAUACAAACACACCCCUGCAUUCAAACGCUAGUGCAAACACUACACACAAGUACAUUUACAUUCCAAAGGCAACAGUACAUACAAAUACACCCCUAUUUGCACAAAUAUACUCUAAAACACAUGCUUACAUUCAAACGCACAAAGUCUGCUAACAAAUAUAACCCUGCGAGGAUGGGCAAACGUUAGGUCCCAAGCUGGCAUAGCAUUGUUGUGGGAUAGAUGAGAAUCUACCUUUUGUCCACUCUGGCACUAAAGGGGCCUAAAAUAAACUUUCUUGCACCAGGACAGUCUUUACAUUAGUCCCAUCACUGCUUGGGAUCAUUGUCCUGUUGCAUAACCAAUUUGAGCCAAGCUUUAGCUGUCAGACAGAUGGCCUCACAUUUGACUCUAGAAUACUUUGGUAUACAGAGGAGAUCAUGGUAGGCUCAAUGACCGCAAUAUUCCCAGGUCCUGUGGCUGCAAAACAAGCCCAAAUCAUCACCAUAUGUUGUGUUUUGUUUUCGCCAAAUGUGUCACUGAGCAAUAUGGCCAAACAUCUCCUCAUUGGUCUCGGGUGUCCACAGGAUAUUGUUCCAGAAGUCUUGUGGUUUCUUCAAAUGCAACUUUGCAACCCUAAGCCGUGCUGCCAUGUUCUUUUUAGAGAGAAUAGGUUUUCUUCUGGCAACCCUUCCAAACAAGCCAUACUUGCUCAAUCUUUUUCUAAUUGUACGGUUAUGAACAAUAACAUUUAACAUGCUAACUGAGGCCUGUAAAGUCUGAGAUGUAACUCAAGUUUUUUGCCAUUUCUCUGAGCAUUGCAUGUUCUUACCUUUGGAUUUACUAGGAUAUCCACUUCUGGGUAGACUGACAACUCUUGAAUGUAUUUCACUUUUGAAUAAUCUUUCUCACUGUAGACUAAUGGACUUUAAAUUGUUUGGAAAUGGCCUUAUAGCCCUUCCCAGUUCUUGAUGUCUUUCAUCCUUGGCAUUGUGUAAACACACACCUGAAUGCUACAGACCAGCAAACUGCUAACAAUUUGGCUUUUACAGAGGUGGUCACACUUGCUAAUGAUCAGUUAAGCAAUGGCAUUUGAUUAGCAGCACCUCUCUGCCACUUAGUCUCCUAAUUCCUAUAAGAGCAGUAAGGGUGCACUUAGUUUUUCAUGCAUGGUUUCUCCAUUUUGGCUUUAGUUUGUUAAAUAAAUCCUGACAAGGUGCAAUAUGGCAUUUGUUUUUGUUCAUCUGAGGUUGUAUUUACCUAAUUUUAAGAGCUGCUAAGGAACAGAUGACUGUAAUAGAAUUCACAGAUGGUGAAUACUUUCUUUUUCCCAUGACUGCAUAACUUGAAUUUCUCCAAAACAUUUAACCAUUUAACCUGUAAAGCCACAUUUUGAUUUCACAGAUAUUCUGGAGUAGAUAUAUUACAACUGCACAGUAGCAAUUAUGAAGGGCUGGUUUUACCCUUUAUGAAAUGAACCCUGAACUAUGAGGUUUUUACUGGUAGGGACACUGCAGCUGGAGCACUAACCACAACUUACUAGCUAAUACAAUGAUCUGACACAUGUGAUUAGGACGGUUUAAUAGGGUUAGAUAGACGAGUGUCAAGAUCUAGAACAUAACUUAGUAAUACUAUAUCUAUAAUGAAUACGGCUGCGAGGCUUAUUUUCCUGUCCGGUCGCACCUCCCACGCCUCCACGCUCUGUCAGUCCCUGCAUUGGCUUCCAGUUAGAUAUAGGGCCCAAUUCAAAAUUCUGGCGCUUGCUUACAAAUCCCUACAUAAUUUUGCUCCAACAUACCUAUCUUCCCUCAUACACAAGUAUGUCCCGACGAGACCCCUGCGCUCAGCCCAAGACCUACUCCUAUCCUCUGCCCGGAUCCCCACCUCUGAUGCUCGCCUUCAAGACUUCUCCAGGGCUGCACCUAUUCUGUGGAACUCCCUUCCCUCCUCAAUCAGACUUUCACCCAGCCUCCAUUCCUUCAAAAAAUCUUUGAAAACUCACUUCUUUAUUAAAGCGUAUCAAUUAAACUGUCAGCAGGUUUCUCAUCCCCCACCCCAUGACUCCGUUCCUUCACCUGUCAAAAAUGACCUACCAAGCACUCAAUAAACCCUUCUGUAACAAACUAUUUAAUUCCCCUACUUUAACCCUUUGUGUCACUAUACCCCACUCCCUCUAGCAUGUAAGCUCAUCGAGCAGGGCCCUCAACCCCCUCUGUUCCUGUACGUCAGUGGUCUAAUCUCAAUUAUGUGUCUGUUAGUCCACCCAUUGUACAGCGCUACGGAAUUUGUUGGCGCUAUAUAAAUAAUAAAAUAAUAAUAAUAAUAAUAAUACUCUGCUUUUUAGGUUGGAAUUGUUUGGUGACAGAUGAGGUGACACAGGAGAACUAAUGUGAACAAGGAAUAGAGCAGCGCUAAACAAACUAAGAACACUAGGGUGGGAGGCAGCACACCUGAUAAUAGGGAAUCCCCCCAACCCCCAAGAACACUAGUACAAGUCAAACAACAAUAUACAGCUACGCCAAAAAUACUCCAAACACAAUAGUAUAUAAUAUCAAUAAUAAACCCACAGGAUAUAAAAAGAGUCCACAAUAAAACUUAAAAGAAUAAAAAAUACCAAAUGGUACGGCACAGUGUCAAAGGUGGCAAUAGAUCUUCUAGUCCUGGUAUGAGACUUACUUGGUAGCUUCGCUUAUUAGCAGAAUAUGAAAAGGAAACAAAAACAGAGGCAACCAGCUCUAGGUAAAACAGCACGCAGUGGUGUACAAUCCCCACUUGCAGGAUAUCCCUCUGGUUUUGGUACAAAGUUGAAUGAUGGUAAUUCACAACUGGAUAACGAUGAGGUAGAUCAUAUGGAAUGACCAAAAAAAAGCAAGCAAUAGUGCUCACUAUAUAGAAACAUAAGUAUCAAUAAGGUAAAUAAAAAUAUACUUACAAUAGAGUGAGUAGACUAAACACUCUAUGUAUCAAGCCUGGGUGGUAUAAUCCCCACCAAGGAUUUCUUUGGUUGUUUGUCCACAGUAGGUGAUGGGUCCAGAUGUCAGGUAAAAGUAUAAAAAUAAAUAAGUACAAAAAAAAUAUGGCUAAACAAGUGAACUGGACACACAACACAUGAAAGUUAGCAAUAGCGACAUAGAAAGGAAAAGAUAUGGGGGAGAGGGAGGGCAGAGCACAGACAAGGAAACUAAACUAGCUUAGGGAGGCUGCACACCGCAUACAGACAAGAUAUAUGCAGCAAAGCAUACACAAGAUCCACCAGCAUGCCACACACCUUACCUUAGACUACACACACCUUACAUUAGUCAUAAAACUCCACUGAAGCAAUCUUAAUACUUCACCAUUAUUGAUGUGUUAUUGUUAAGCCAUGAAAAACACAAACGCAACAGCGAUUAACCUCGCUGAGUUGAAGCACCACAAUGAGGUUCUAUACCGAUCUAACUUGUAACAUAAUUACAUGCACAACUGCAAAUAUACACAUUUUAUAAUGAAUAAUUUAAGCUCAUGUACAAAUUUAACAACAACAACAAAAAAAAACUAAUCGAAAACUGCUCAGACACAGCAAACAAAAGUUAAAAAGGAAAUUAAGGUAGCUACACUACCAAAAUCACUGCUCUAACAAUGUGAUAUGACAUCUGGCAGAAGCAAUACAAAAUCGCUAUAGACCGACUGAACUACACUCUAACCUUGAUGCAUGUUUAUCCGAGAGACCUGCGGGUCUCCAGCAUUACAUACUCACCUUCAAUACUGCUGUAAUUGCCUUGAUGACACAAAUAAAGCUUUUUGAAACAAAAAUAUAUGGCUAAGAGGCAGGUAGCGAGGUAGCCAAAAUACUUUUAUUUUAACAAGAGCAUAAAAACCACAACGCGUUUCUCCCCUUAGUGCUUUCUCAAGUGGUAAAGUGGUUUUUACCACUUGAGAAAGCCCUAAGGGGAGAAACGUGUUGGUUUUUUUUUUUUGCAAACUACACUUUCUAUCUUUCUAUCUUCGGGGGCCAAUGCAAACCAUUAUCUGGAAAUCUGUUCAUAAACAGGAUUAUACAAAGAACACAAGCUCACACAUUUAGACUAAGAGAAGGGAUAUUUAAAGCAAAGGAAACGUUUUCUUACAGUAAGAACAAUAAGGAUGUGGAAUUCUCUGCCUGAAAGGUGGUUUUAUCAGAUGUUUAAACAGCAAUUGGAUGAAUACUUCCAAAAACAUAAUUUUCAGGGAUAUAAACAGCUUCAUGAUACAAUGAGAGAUCUGACUGCCUGCCAUUCUGGGGAUUAUAAGUAAUAUUUUGUAAUAUGUUUUGGGAGAAAGCCUCUGUAUACACUUCGUUAUCAUUAGAGCAAACAUGUGUAUUUUGUACCUCUUUUAGCUAAAUACAUAUUUUUCUAAUGACAACUACCAUGAUGCUUUGCUAGUUUUGGCCUUCAAUGCACUAAGGAUUUAUACUUAAAUAUUUGUAAAUUUGUGAAACAAUGGUUUAAUACAAGUAAUAAUAAUGAAAUACUUGUACAAAAAUCUACAUACAUAUAGUCAAUUGUUUGUAUGUAACACCUGUGUUUUCCUCCUUUUUUAGCAUAGCUACAGAGAAGUGGGAAUAUUACUUCUUUACCUGGCUGUUGGUGUCUCAGUUUUUUCUGGAAUGGCAUACACUGCAGAAAAGGAUGAAGAUACAGGAUUUGACACAAUACCUUCUUGUUGGUGGUGGGGGACUGUCAGCAUGACAACAGUAGGCUACGGUGAUGUAGUACCUGCCACGGUUGCUGGGAAGCUUGCUGCCUCUGGCUGUAUUCUGGGUGGGAUAUUGGUUGUAGCCUUGCCUAUAACAAUCAUAUUCAACAAGUUUUCACAUUUUUACCGCAGGCAGAAAGCUCUAGAAAAUGCGGUAAGGAACAGUGAUAGGGAAUCAGAGAAAAAACCCAGUGCAAUGGAUGAGAGAGAAGAUGAACAAUUUGCAGAUCUCUGAAAGCAAAACACAAUCUGGACAUUUAAGAAUACAGAAUGGCAGGGAUUUUAACCCCUUAAGGACCAAACUUCUGGAAUAAAAGGGAAUCAUGACAUGUCACACAUGUCAUGUAUCCUUAAUGGGUUAAACAAACAUUGUAUCAUUAAAUAUACAAGAGGUAUCGUUAGAAAUGCAUAUUCCUACUGUCUCAAUGCUCUUUGAUGUAUAAUAAAAUUCUGU